AGCUCAAUAAAGUCCACCACGUUUUGAUCGUUUUAGACAUAUAUCGGGCAAUAUCUCUCAUACUCUUCGUGAGUAAGAAGCAAAGCUUGUCUGAAUCCGUGUUUGGUGCCCGCUCCUAUCGCCAUCCAGGUGCACCAGGGUUAACGAUGCAAGGAAUAGCACAUGCAGUGCGAUCUUGCCAGGAGAUCAUCAGGACAAGAACUAUCCCGCGGUGUGGGAACAAUGCGAAAGGAACAAUCACGAGAGGGAAGGACAUAUUUUCACGAAUCGGUUUUGUAUCAUCCUCAUCGGAAGUGCCACAGAAAGGGCUGGAAAACAUGACAGUCUCCGACGUGCUGAUGACCAAAGGGGAAGAAAAGACUGGGUCUUGGCUCUGGUGCCGAGCCGAUGACACUGUAUAUGAUGCGGUCAAGAAUAUGGCACAAAAUAAUAUCGGAUCAUUGGUGGUACUAAAGCCAGGAGACGGAGACCAGCCGUCGAUUGCUGGAAUCGUCACAGAGAGAGACUAUUUGAAGAAGAUAAUCGCUCACGAAAGAUCCCCGAAAUACACUAAAGUCGGAGAGAUCAUGACCAAUGAGAAGAAGUUGAUAACGGUUUCUUCCGAUACGAACAUACUUCAAGCGAUGCAGCUCAUGACCGAGAAUCAGAUCAGGCAUGUUCCUGUUAUAGAUGGGAAGAUAGUUGGCGUGAUCUCCGUGGUGGAUGUAGUUCGGGCGGUUGUGGAGCAGCAGAGCGGUGAGGUCAAGCGAUUGAAUGAAUUCAUCAAAGGAGAGUACUAUUAGGAUAGAGGGACAGAUUGUAAAAAAAAAAAAAAAUUAUAAGUUUAAUCAGCGUCGAAGUAGCGAGAACCACAGUUCUCGAUCCAAUGAAGAACUCGGCGUCUCGGUCAAUUUCCUUAACAGGACUACUACAUUCUUUAACACCUCAUAUACCUUCUUGCUCCAGAUAAAUGCAAACACGGCAUGUCGUUUCUGCAUAA